AUGGAAAUGCCAAUUGACCUAAAUUCUCUCCAUUCCAAGCCGCCUUUAUUACCUUAUCAAAUUUACUCAGCCAUAAAAGGUGAAAAACUCCCAAGUCACCCUUUAUUAAAGCCAGUCCAAAUUGAAAAGGAGCGUGAUGCUGGCAUAUUAAAUGAAUUUUGUGAUAAUGUUGGAGAACUCGAAACAACAAUGAGAAUGACUCAAAGACAUGGUUCAUUUCUUGAAGUUAAAAGAAAACGGUUUAUGAAUCGAAGAAACACUGAUAGAGAAAUCAUAUAUAAAAGUGACUUUAUUCCUGAAAAAGAUGCAAAUAAAAUUUACAAGCCAGCACCCUUUAUAUCAGAGAAGCUAAAACUCUUAGCAAAUGAAUGCUUAAAGCCAGAAAGAUCCAGAAGUUUAUCUCCUAUAAAUCCAAGGCUACUAGCGAACGUUGAUCAUCAUAAACAUGAAAUGACAAAAACACAGCCUAUCGUAAUAGCAAGCUUUCAUCAAAGCACGCCAAUUUUAUUUAAGCAAACUAGAGUGCUACAUUUGUCUUCAAGUUUAUCAAGACCAGCAAAGCUGAAGCAAUUAUCACCAAAAAGAGAUAUUAUAAGGCUCAAAGAAAGCAUAAAAUCCAAAGUUGAUUUGCUCAGACGGUCAUAUCAAGCUAAUUAA